CUUGUAAGAUGGAGCAAGGAAGUAACUGUGAGCUGCACAAGUACAGCCACUCCAGCUUCCAGUGCAUGACUUCUUCAGCGGGUUCAUCGAUGGUUUCUGCCACAUUUCCGACACCUUCACACUUACUGAAGCUCAGAGAUGGCUUAUGACAUCAACCAGACGGUGCGGAUCGUCCUGUACAGCCUCAUCUUCCUCCUCAGCGUCCUGGGAAACAGCCUCAUCAUCGCCGUCCUGCUCAGGAACCGACGCAUGAGGACCGUCACCAACCUGUUCCUGCUGUCUCUGGCCGUCAGCGACCUGAUGGUCUCCCUGGUCUGCAUCCCCUUCACCCUCAUCCCAAACCUCAUGAGGGACUUCAUCUUCGGCACUGGCAUCUGCAAACUGGCCAUGUACUUCAUGGGCGUCUCCGUGAGCGUCUCCACCUUCAACCUGAUGGCCAUCUCUCUGGAGCGCUACAGCGCCAUCUGCAACCCGCUGACCUCCCGGGCCUGGCAGACCAAGUCGCACGCCGCCAAGGUCAUCACCGUCACCUGGGUGGCGUCCUUCAUCCUGAUGCUGCCGUACCCCAUCUCCAGCACGCUGAAGCCCUUCACCCGCCUCAACAACAGCACGGGCCACAUGUGCCGGCUGGUCUGGCCCAACGACGUGAUCCAGCAGUCCUGGUAUGUUUGCCUGCUGUUGCUGCUCUUCCUCAUUCCCGGCAUCGUCAUGAUGACGGCGUACGGCCUCAUCUCUCUGGAGCUCUACCGGGGAAUCAAGUUUGAGCUGUCCAACAGGAAAUCCAGCCGAGACAGACAAUCCAGCACGGGCAGCAUCAAACCGGGCGACAGUGACGGGUGCUACCUGCAGCCGUCGAAGAGUAAGAGCCUAACCGUGAAUACGGGGACGAGCGGCGGCGGCAGCAGCAAGCCCAUGAUGAGCCGAGUGUACAGCAGCAGCUCCACGUCCAACCUGAUGGCCAAGAAGCGCGUGAUCCGCAUGCUGCUGGUCAUCGUCUUCCUCUUCUUCCUGUGCUGGACGCCGGUCUUCGUGGUCAACGCGUGGCAGGCCUUCGACCAGCGCUCGGCCUACCGCCUGACGGGCGCGCCCAUCUCCUUCAUCCACCUGCUGUCCUACACCUCGGCCUGCGUCAACCCCAUCAUCUACUGCUUCAUGAACAAACGCUUCCGCCAGGGGAUGCUGGCCACCUUCAGCUGCUGCAGCUGCUUCAGGGGCGGCGGCGGCGGCGGAGGAGGAGGGAGCGGCCGACUGGGGAGAUCAGCCGGAAGCAGGAUGACUAAAGAAGAAGCGGGCGGCAAACCCAGAGCGGGCCAGAAGACCCCCGAGCAGAAUGGUCAGACCUCGCCGAGCGGAUCCAGCACACGCUUCACCUACACCGGCAUCCGAGGCUCGGCGUGGAGCGAGCUGACUUAAACCGCGCCGAGGCGUCGGCGUGUGGGAGCACCGGCCCGAACACGAACAUACGAAGGGGAGACGGCGGCGUGUGAUGUAAAGCUCGAGCAGCACAGAUGCUUCGGCUCAGGGCGGGACGGGACGAGGACGAAAGAGCGGCGAACGACAGUCGGCGCCGGCCGGCUGACGCCCGAACGCAUUCGGCUUCAGGGCCAACGGGUCUGACCUAGAAAGAAAAGGGUUUGAUGAGGCAGAAAACCAAUUCGACUCAAAUCCACCUCAAUCGCCGCGGUAAUCGCCGUUUCGAGCCAAGCGCAUCAGAUGAGCAAUUUUCAGCGAUAAAAUACUUCAGACCGAUGACGUCCCUCACAAAGGCAGUUCACUCCUCCCGCCUGGUCCUGCAAGAAAGGUCAAAGCAAACGCCACGGGCUAUUUUCCCAAAAAAAAACAAAGCAUAUUUCAAGGUAUUUUUAGAAUCUAACCUCAAGGCUGGAAGGAGUUUGUCAAGCUGGACGGUCAAAAACAAGCUGAAUUUUUGAAAUGCUGCUUUUGAGCCGAGGUUAGCCGUCAGUACACAAGAAAAUAAACCUUAAUCGAAUGACAGUUCAAGACUGUUCUGAACUGGCGUUAACAGUUAAUCAGUUUUCCUUAGCUUAUUUGGUACAAACAUUGACAAUUGACCACGGUAAUUUGAUCUGCUUGUAAGGCGAGCACGGGUGACCCCUACUGGCCGUAGCUGGAAUGACACGAACAAAGAAAAACAUACAUUUGGGUUAAAAAAAGAACAUUGGUGUGUAGAGUUUGGAAAAUAUUGACCGACUUCAAACUGUCUUUAAUUCAGCACUAAACUCGACAAAAACAAAAUUCAAUUUGGGCUCAGAAAUAUGUCAAAUCAACAUGUCUUUACACACUUCCUUAGCUUAGCAGCUAGCAAGACUAACGAUGGGAGGAAAGAGCCUUGAUAAUUAUGGGAAAUUGUUUAUUAUUGAUAUUCAAGUGGCUGCUCAGACUAUAUAAUACAAAAAAAACAUCAACAUAAAUCGCGCUGGUCCUUGACCCACUGUGUGUGUGUGUGUGUGUGUUUGUGACUAAGGGACUUGGUACUGUGUGUUCUCUUGGACCUGGAGAGGCCUUAUCGCGCUGUGGGAUUUACACCACCUGCAGCUCCUCUUCAAAGAGCCAAUUCCCGGCAUCGCCGCCCGAUUUCCACUGAUUCAUACCGUCCGAUACCGCAGCAUCGAUGUAGCAACUUAUUUCACCUGUUUUCCUGUUGAUAACAUGACCUCAGCGUGAUUCUCUUAAUGUUUUGUGUUUAUUGGAAGAAAAAAAAAAUGUAAAAAAAAUUAAAGUGUUUUGUCCUGUUGCAUGAUGACGUGCCUUCGGCGUGGGCACAAGACUGAAUGUAGAAAUAUAAUCCAAUGUGUAUAAUCCCAUGUGUUUCUGUGGAAGCUGUUGUGUUCGAUGUGCGGCUUUCUGCAGCGAAGGUUGGCAAAAGAUAAAAUAAAAAAGGCUGGCAGUGUUUUUAAAAAUGUACCGGCAUUAAAAAAAAAAACAAAAACCACAAGACUCAGAUAUUAUAUCACUUUUUUAUUUCUCAUUUUUAUGCCAAUAUUGCAAGUUUUUUCUUGUUUUUUUCUUCUUUUAAUGACAUACAGAUUUGAGCAAUGUCUGGAGCUGCAAUAUGUACAAAAACAAACUAAAGUAUGUUAUAAAAAAAAACUGAAAAAACGAAAACAAAACGAAAAAAAAAAAUACCAUCCCCUUUGUUUUUUUGACGUUAUUGCUAAAUGUUACAAACGGCACAGGUUUCUACCAUCAGCAACCCUUUGAGCACUGAGUAUACUACCACAAUGACACCUCUGCUUACCAUUUACUAGAAUAAUACACAGAUACAGUGAGAGAAGUGAGAGAGAGUGGAAGGAAGAGCAAGAAGAGGAAGAGGAGGGGAAAAAGAAAUGGCAAAAAAAAAAAAAAAGUGAUCCGUCUGUAGCAAAGCUAAGCACAACAAGCUGCAUGUUAAAAAAAAAAAAACCGAGGUGAGAAAAUGUACACAGAAGAAAAUAAAAACAACAUGUGGAAGUGCGGAUGACGUGUGGGAGAGAAAUAGAAAGGUUAGCGCUCUGUAGUGCAAACAGCCAAAUAGUCUUAAGGAGAAGUAAGGCUGAGUGCGACAGAGAAGGGCUCCACACUCCUUUAUUUUUUUUUCAUUUUUCUUUUCUUUUUUUUUCUUAAUUUGUUUAAAGCUGCCUCUCACUCUGCCCUGUUUUCGUUUAGCAGUGCAUGAAAACUACAUUAUAAAAAAGACAUUUGGCAUAUUAGAGGAUACAUACAUACAUUGUUCAGAGCUCAUUAUAAAAAAAAAACAAAAAAAAACAAACAAAAACACCAGAACAGCUGCUUUUGGAGGUGU